UAGUAUAUGAGCUCUUCAUCAACUCAACUAGUCAUUACGAAAAGGAUGGGCAUAUAUGAGCCAUUCCAUCAUGUUAGCAUGUGGGGAGAUAGCUUCAAAGUUGAUGGCAGCCUGAAUUCAAUUGCUUCCCCAAUGUUAAUGGUGAACACUAGCAUGGAGAACAAGGUCAGAACGCAUGAAUGUAUUCCUCAUGAAUCAAGGGAAACUUCAGGAGAUGAUGAUCAAGAGACUAAUGACAAAGUUGUUAGUAAGGUGCUAAGACGUCUAGCUCAAAAUCGUGAGGCUGCUCGGAAAUGUCGGAUGCGGAAGAAGGCUUAUGUUCAACAAUUAGAAACAAGUCGUUUGAAGCUCAUGCAAGUGGAGCUGGAGAUUGAGAAAGCAAGAAAACAGAGUCUAUACCUAGGCAGUGCAUUAGAUGUCAGUUAUAUGGGAUCUUCUGGAACCAUAAACUCAGGAAUGGCUGUGUUUGAAAUUGAAUAUGGACAAUGGGUUGAAGAGCAGAAUAGACAGAAUGAAGAAAUAAGAAAUGCAUUGCAAAAACAUGCAUCUGAUAUACAACUUCAUCUACUUGUUGACCGUAGCUUGAACCACUACUCAAAUCUUUUCAGGAUGAAAAUAGAUGUUGCAAAGGCUGAUAUUUUUUAUUUAAUCUCUGGUGCGUGGAAAGCAUCAAUAGAACGCCUUUCUCUUUGGAUUGGAGGAUCACGCCUUUCACAGCUUCUAAAUAUCAUAGUACCACAGCUUGAGCUUUUGACUGAUGAACAAAUUGUUAGCAUUAAUAGCCUCCGACUAUCAUCUCAGCAAGCUGAAGAUGCUCUUUCACUAGGAUUGGAUAAACUCCAGCAGAGUCUAGUCAACAACAUAGCAUCUGAUCCAUUGGUUGUAGGAAACUACGAGUUUCUGAUGGCUAUUGCCAUGGACAAAAGUGAAGCACUAGAAAGUUUUGUAAACCAGAUCACCUUAGGCAACAAACUCUGCUACACAUGUCUCGUAUUCUGACAACUGGACAAGCUGCACAAGGGUUGUUAGCUAUGGGGGAAUACUUUCACCGUCUUCGCACACUUAGUUCUUUAUGGACUGCUCGUUCAUGUGAUCCUGCUUCACCUGCUCCACACUCAA